AUGGCUCUCAUACAACCCACCAAUCCCGACUUCCCUUACUCACUCACAAUAUCCCUUCCCCUUCCAAGCAAUCAUCUCGCAUCAUGCGCUCUGCGCGCUUUGGAAGUUGACGCCGAACUAUCCCCUUUUGUGCGACGGACUUUCACACUCGGAACUCCGGUGGUCGAAGCACCAUCCGAGCCGCAAGAGAAGAAGCAAAAACAGGACCCUGACGAGUGUAAAACCGUCUUGAAAAUAACAUACAUGGCGACGACCAACCGGAUGCUGCGCGUUUCUGUCAAUGGAUUUAUGGAGAGUCUGGGUGUCGUGCUUGGGGUUAUGGCAGAAUUGGAUAUUGAUGUGCUCAAGGCUGAGCUGGAGGGUUGA